GGGUGAUUAUUGCUUGUUUGACGUUAGGGAUUUAUUUCUGUAAAAUACACUUAAUUACUGUUAAUUUGUUACACUAAGGAAUAGAGCGCUGAACCUACGAAUCGAAUGUGAUGCAUGUACAAUAUUAUCAUUUAUAUCUAUAAAGUUUGUACUGUGACAAGAGUGUUAAAUCAAAGCAAAACUAAGGAUGAAGAUAAAGGAGUUAUUGAAGACUGUCAAUGUAGCAUGGUCACCACCUGCUCAGCAUCCCAUAUUAUUAGCUGCAGGAACUGCAGCUCAACAACUUGAUGCAAGUUUUAACACAUCUGCUAGCUUGGAUUUAUAUUCUUUAAAUUUACAACAACCUGGAUAUGAUUUGGGACUUAAAACCAGUGUUGCAAGUGACCAUAGAUUCCAUAAAAUAAUAUGGGGUUCAUAUGGUAAUAAUCCAGCUGGUAUAAUUGUUGGAGGUUGUGAUUAUGGCAUGAUAAAAAUUUAUUCAGCUGCUAAAAUGUUGGCCAAUGAUAACAAUUAUCUAAUAAGUAGUUCAGAUAGACAUACAGGUCCAGUUAGAGCACUUGACUUUAAUCCCUUUCAAGCAAAUUUAUUAGCAACAGGUGCAGCAGAAAGUGAAAUUUAUAUAUGGGAUAUUGUUAAUGCAAAUAGUCCAAUGACUCCUGGAUCUAGAAGUCAACCAUUGGAAGAUGUUCAACAUAUUGCUUGGAAUAAGCAAGUGCAACAUAUUCUUGCCUCUACAUUUUCACAACGUUGUGCUAUAUGGGAUUUAAGAAAAGAUGAACCUAUUAUCAAAUUAACAGAUGCAAAUUCAAAAGUAAGAUGGAAAGUGGUCCAGUGGCAUCCAGAUGUUGCAACACAAUUAUGCCUAGCAUCAGAGGAUGAUCAAGCACCUGUAAUUGAAUUAUGGGAUUUAAGAUUUGCAACAUCACCUUUGAAAACAUUUCAAAAUCAUCAACGUGGAGUUUUAUCAAUUGCAUGGAAUCCACAUGAUCCAGAUUUACUCCUAAGUUGUGCCAAAGAUAAUAGAAUAUUAUGUUGGAAUCCUAACUCAGAUGCACCGAAUGGUGAGGUAAUUUGUGAAUUAGCGCAGACAAAUCAAUGGAAUUUUGAUGUCUCAUGGUGUCCAAGGUAUCCAGGAUUAGUUGUAGGAACUAGCUUUGAUGGACAUGCAGCAAUUUAUUCUUUAUUAGGAGGACAAAAACAAAUGUCUGUAGAAACGUCAAAGAAAAUUGUAGAUUCGUUUCCUGGAAUGGAUCCUUUUACACACCCACCUCCUCCUGUACAGACAGAACCAACAGUUGUCCUUACAAAAGCUCCAAAAUGGUUAAAAAGACCAUUUGGAGCAUCCUUUGGUUUUGGUGGUAAAUUGGUAAUAUUUGAAAAUGGACCUGUUGAUCCUAAUCUACCUCCAAACUCAAACAGGAAAGUGAUCAUAUCACAAGUAGCUACACAACCUGAUUUAAUUCAGCGUUCAUACGAGUUGGAGGAUGUUAUUAGAACUGAGCAGUAUAGUGACUAUUGCAAAGGAAAAGUUGAGAAAACUACUGAUAUAUAUAGGAAAAAGAUAUGGAACUGUGUAUGUGCAUAUUUUGGUGAAAAUGUAACGAAAGAUAUAUUGGAUUUACUUGGUUAUGACAUAGAAACAAUGAACAACAAAUUAAAUCAGCUUGUAUCACAAGAAGACAUUAGUAAUAUUACAGAAGGAGUUAGUAAUAUGAAUAAUGUACUUAAUGGAAACAUUGUUGAUGGAAGCACAGCAUUUGAUGCUAUUGCACAAGAAUCGAAGAAAGCAUCAAUGGCUACUCUGAAAAACAAAAAUAUUCAAAUAAAUGUGUCUGAUGAUGAGGAUGGGCUUAUAACUCAAGCAAUCCUCUUAGGAAAUAUAGAAGCUGCUGUGUCUUUGUGCUUUGCAAAUAAAAGGUACGCAGAUGCAGUCAUUCUUUCAAUGGCUGCUGGACCUGAUUUGUUAGCACGUACCCAGUACAGAUACUUUUCAGAACAUUCUGGAGCUCUCAAUUCUCUUAUCAAUUCAUUAGUUAGUGAAAAUUGGGCUGAGGUUGUUAACAAUGCUGAUAUAAAUUGCUGGAAAGAAGUGCUAAUUGGAAUAUUUACUCAUUCCAAUCCACAAGAGCGAUCAGCUUUAUGCGAUAUGCUAGGAGAUCGUUUAGUAUCAUCUGAUAAUCCAACGCUUAAAGAACAGGCACAAAUUUGUUAUAUUUGUUCUGGCAAUUUGAAUAAAAUGGUUGAAUCCUCCAAUGUUGAAAUUCAAGAAACAGUAGAAUUAGUAGUUAUUAUGAAAAAAGCCUUAGAAAUGCAAGGUAUUAGAGACGUGCAAAUAGAAGGAAAGAUCGCUAAUGUGUUAUCUCGCUAUGCUGAAAUGUUAGCAGCCGAGGGAGAUCUCGAUGCUGCAUUCAUUUAUCUUGAAAACAGCCAAGAUGAAAAAAUUGUAAUGUUGAAGGAUCGUCUGUGCAGAGCUUUGGGUUAUAUUGAAGAAACAAAAGUCAUGCCAAAAGGGCCGGCGAUGCAAAAUUAUUAUGAUCGAUCAAGAAGACCUAUGCAAAGUGUACAAAAUCCAUUAUCUGCUGGUUCAACAAGACCCUUUUUUGAUUCAAAUGUUGCUCCUACGAAACAAUCUUUUGUACCACCUCCAAAUCAAUUUAAUCAACAACAACAAUCAUUUGGAAUAUCUCCCCUUCAACCUCAUGUGCAAUCAGUGCAAUCUAUGCAAUCUAUGCAAUCUAUGCAACCUAUGCAACCUAUGCAAUCUAUGCAAACUAUGCAAUAUGAUCAAACACCUCAUUCUUAUACUUCAACAUCUAUGUCUCAACCACCUCCACCACCACCUGCUUCGAGUAUAUCCAGUGGUGUUGGAUCUCGUCCAUCUAGUGUCGGACCUCAAACGAGAUCAAAAUAUAUAAUAGAUCCAUCUGUAAAGUCUACGUCGGCAUACGGACAAACUGGUUAUCCUCAACAACCAUUGUCAUAUAAUAAUCAACAAAUUCCUCCAAUGCCAGGCUAUUCUUCAUCAAAUAUGUAUCAAUCACAAGUUCCUAUAUCUGCAAACACAUACCCUGGACAAAAUUUUAUAUCUAAUUUAAAAGAAAUGGAAACUUUUAAACCAGUUCCACUUAAUACGUUAACGCCGUUACAAAAUCCGUCGCAAAGCCAAAUGUAUGAACCAAUUAGAACGCAGCCAAUUCCACAGACUCAAGUUUAUGGAAGCGAGAAUCAACCACCUAUGGAACGGUCAAACAUCUAUCAACCGCCGCUACAACCUGCCGGAUGGAACGACCCACCAGCUGCAAAACCAUCUAGAAUGCAAUCUAAACAAGAGUACCAGCCACAAAACCCGAUUUUGCAUCCUUUAAGAGGAUCGGUACCAGAAUCAAACAUUUUACCUCAAGAGAAAUUUUAUCCAGAUUCACAAGUACCUUAUAAUCCACAGCAAUACAAUCAGAAUAUACCAAAUAUGAGUACUCAAUUUUCUAAACCAAUGGAGCAUCCACAAUCAGCCCCAAAUAUCAGAGCGCCGGAACCGGAAAAACCAAAACCACCGAUACCAGAACAACAUUUGCACUUGAAAACAGUAUUUGACGAAUUAAAAAAUCAAUGCUUUGAGAAUGCUAAAAAUCCACAAAUUAAACGUAAAAUUGAAGAUGUAUCCAAAAAGCUCGAAGUUUUGUAUGAUUGUCUUAGAGAGAAUAAGUUGUCGCAAAACACUUUACAAGGAUUGCAUCAAGUAUCACAGAUGAUACAAGGUGGAAACUAUACUGGUGGUUUAGAUAUUCAUACACAAUUAGUGUCAGGCCCUGAUUUCAGCCAAAUAUCUUCUUUCAUGCCUGGUAUCAAAGUAUUAUUGCUAAGUGCCCUUCAAUUGAAUGUUUAUAUUAGAUAGAAUGCAAUACAUAAUGUCCAAGAUGUUCACAUUUAUUAAUUUUUAUAACUUGAAAUUUUUAUAAUCCU